UAAUUUUUUUCCAUCUUGUCUUUGCAGUGCCCCUUGAAUAGACCCCAUCAUGGCAGAUCCAGAUCUUGAUUUCACUAGUGGAGAUGCUGGGGCCUCUGAGACCUACCCACAGCAGUGCAGUGCCCUGCGCAAAAACGGAUUUGUGGUCCUGAAAGGUCGUCCCUGCAAAAUCGUUGAAAUGUCCACUUCAAAAACUGGGAAGCACGGUCAUGCUAAGGUUCACCUGGUCGGUAUCGACAUUUUCACUAAUAAGAAGUAUGAAGAUAUUUGCCCCUCUACCCACAACAUGGAUGUUCCCAACAUAAAGAGAAAUGAUUACCAGCUGGUCGACAUCAACGAAGGGUUUCUUUCCCUUAUGCUGGACAACGGUGACGUGCGUGAGGACCUUCGUGUUCCAGAUGGUGACUUGGGCAAGGAAAUCGAAUCCAAACAUGGAGCUGGUGAAGAUAUGAUGAUUACUGUGCUCUCAGCUAUGGGGGAAGAGUCUGCAGUGGGCAUCAAGGCCUUUACCAAAUAGGAAGAGAGACUGGGCUGCUCAGGCUGCAACAUGCACCACCUUAACAAAUCUCCUGCUUUUUGGUUUUUUGUUUUGUCACCAAAGCUAUGGCCUUCACAAGCAACCUCAGUUUUUGUUGCGAUUGUACUCCCAUUUUUCUUCUCCUUCCAAUACUGUGCUGGACUUUUAACAACUUAAUCUUGUUAGGUUGUUUUUGGCAUUCUCUCGGAUCAUAGUUUUUGUUUUAUUCUUUUAGGGUUUUUUCAUUCCACUUUAUUUUGCCUUUAAGAUGUUGGUCUGGCCACUUACAUUCCUAAAUGUUAAACAAUGGGAUCCACUUUUGUCUCUUUUUAUAUACAUAUAUUACAUGAAUAGCGUGCAGAACUUAUGCCUUUUGGGGGAAUAUGCAUAUGAGUUUUAAAGAAGGGGAUGGCCCUAACUGACACUUGCCUUUUUUUUUCCCUGCCCCCUCCCCUUAUUCUUCCCCUUAUCCACCCCCUAUUCCCCCCUGCCCCACCCUUUACAGGUGCCAUACCUUUUGCCUAACAUGGUCAUUUCUCUUGAUUGAAUGCCUUUUCCCAAAGUGAGAUGUGUACUGGUAGUUAGCACUUUGUAGUACUUGCAGUACUUUGAGUACUACCGGAAACAUUUCAGUUUUUUUUCCUUUUUAAGUAAAAUCACUAAGAAACCAACUUCAGUGAAAUUUCUAAAUGCCAGUCUCCAUUGUAUAGAAGUGGAAAGAAGAAUGUGAUGGCCAUGUGCGAUUACCUCUGUAACGCAAUAGCAGCCAGCCUGAUUUUGGCUGUCAUUGACAACCUUAAAUAAAGUGUUGAAGCCUGUAUUUGUCUC